AUGCCUUCUUUCGCGGCCACCCUUCCGCUGCUGGCCAGCCUGCUGGCCUUUGCCAACGGCCAGAACUUCCCACUCUCCCCCGUCGCCUCGGGCGGCCCCAAUCAAAACAUUCCCCCGACGCCUAAGCCAGAGCCCUCCGUUUUCUUGCUGACCCAAGUGCCCGCCACCCCCACCGUCACCGGCACAGGCACGACAGGCGGCCAGGACCAAGGGCGCUGCGACGAGGUAGCAGCACGCAUCACCCCGCAGCUCAUCCCGAAGCCCACCUACCCGCCCGCGCUGAAGCAGCAGGCCGACAAGCUGGGCGGCGUGCAGUUCGACACGUGCCACGAGGUGAACUUCACGGCCCGCGCCAAGGACAUCGACCAGGUCGAAUUGAACAAGUUCACGCAGGAGCGGUACAGAACGUUCAUCGUGCCCAUCUGGUCCAAGGUGCACGAGCUGUGGCAGGCCUGCGGGAACCGCACCAAGGACUUCAAGGCCGUCUCCGCCGAACCGUGUUACAAGUGGGCGCUCGAUCUCUCGGCGUCGUCAGGCACGGCCGGAGGGGUUGGUGAGUGGAAGAGGGCGCUGUUGAGGAUAAUUGAUGGCCGAUGGUGUUUUAGGAACAUGCUUUUGCCUGGUGGGGGAGUUCGAUGA